AUGUCUGCCCGGGAAUGGGAUCACAUGAAUGGGACGGUUGUGUCGGACGACGAGGAGUCGACAGAAGCGAUGCAAAUGAGAGCCAAUUUGGUGACCGACUCGACACUGGAGUCGACCCGACGUAUGGUAGCUCUAUGUGUGGAGUCGGAGGGGGUGGGCGUGAAAACGCUGGACCAGAUGUGGGCACAGGGAGACCAGUUGUCGCGCAUCGAGGGGGACAUGGAUCACAUGAACGCCGACAUGAGGGACACCGAGAAGACGUUGACGCAGAUGGAGAAGUGGUGCGGACUGUGUCUCUGUCCGUGCACUCAGCCCAAGAGGUUCAGCUCGGACUCGGGCACCUGGACUACGGUUAAGGAGAAGCGGGCGGUCGUGUCGGGUCAGCCACGGAUGGGUACGCCUGACGUUAACAGCGGUCGGAGCGACGCCGGGAGUGUCGACUCGAAGGGGUAUAUCAUUAAAGUGCUGAACGACGCCCGGGAGGAGGAAAUGGAGGGCAAUAUGGGUGAGGUGUCCAACCUGUUGGGUGCGCUCAGGAAUAUGGCACUGGAUAUGGGACAGGAGAUGGACGCACAGAACCAGCGGUUGGACACAAUCAACAGAAAAGCCGAGUCUAAUGAGGCGAGAGUACAGGCCAUCAACGAUAGGGCGUCCAAAUUGGCCAAAGACUCGGCGCCAUCAAUGCUGCCGUCCUUCCCAUCCCUACCACCCGGUGCGUCGCUUCUCAAAGGGAUGUCUGGUUUAAAAUGA